AUGCCUCUUCUGAGGUUCCCUUACAAGCCUAUCCGUCUCCUCGCUUUGCUCUUCUCAGCCUAUUGCGGUGGAUGCUUCUUGAGCUCCUUGGUCUCGUCUUUGUCUUGCAAACUUCAAGCUGGCCAUGGAAUCAGUGAAAUCCAGGAGCAGUUCGGACGCCUGAAGUUUUCAUCAGGGGAUAAGAAGACGGAUGGAAACUUUCUGCAAUUCAUUCAGAUCUACUCGGUGAUCUUGACCGGGUCAUUUCUGCGGGAUGGGCUAGGUUCGGCUCGUUUUGCAACUCUUUCCCUCCUACUCUUCAUGGUGCUGGUCAGUGCAUUCCUGUGUGUGAAUGUCGUCCUACUGCUCGGCAUAAGCGGAUUGAUCGUUGAGGGUUACGGCUUCGAGCUGGGGGCAAUCGCGAUCUCCUCGGCUGUGCUGUUGACCCUGGUCGACGGCAUUUUGUUCGACGCCAAAGAUAGUCUUCACGGAGUCAGUCACCAGAUCGACAUGACUCGGAAAGCCUCCGAGGCGCGACGUACUUUGAGCAUCGAGAGUGCCAGCCGCGCAUCAGGGGGCAAAAAGCCGCCGAGCAGCUGA